AGCAUGUCCAGCACAGUGAUGCCCGGGAGCUCUUCAACCAUCGUCAUUCAGCUUCAACCAACAGCUCAAACUCCUGCCGAACUCAUUAAUGUCCCGGUUUAUCUACAGCAGCUAGCAGGAGUUCCAUCUCUCGCUGAACUUAAGGCAUUUCUGAAAGGCCAACCCAAAGCCCUUGGGACUGUCCAGCUAAUGAUUGGUUUUGACUCUCCUGUUGGCAUUGUGUCUACAAUUAAUGUAAAUACCCCUUUUGCCAUUCUUGGGGGUCCUUUCUGGGGAUCUGUCACUUACAUUAUCACAGGCUCACUCUCCAUUGCUGCAGAAAACAGACUCAAUUCUCCCUCCAGUUUGUGUUUGGUGAGAGGUUCACUUGCAAUGAACAUUGUUCAGUGCUUAUUGCAAGCCACUUCCAUGAUAAUAUUGGCAAUAGAUUUGAUAGUGAUGUCAAUGUACAGUUUUGGCAACUAUUCUGGCUAUUGCGACUAUUCUCAAUACUUCUAUAUGACUCUUUCCAAGGGAAUCAGUGGUGUGUUGUUGGUGUUCGCCAUUCUUGAGGUUAUCAUCUCGAUUUUUCUGUCAGCAUUUGCCUGUAAAGCCACCUGCUGUCCUCCUCCUCAGGUGCAGUUUAUGCCACAAGUUGUAACUUCACAGACCCAUGUCUAUAACAGCUCAGAGAUUGCAGUGAUCAGCAACCCUUCCACUCAUCUUGCAGAAAGUCCCCCAAUAUACUGUAAUUGUGAAUAAGAAUGGACAGUGGACUUUUUUUGGUUCUAAAUUGGUGACGCUUUCAUGAGACACAAAACUGCAACGUAGGGCUGAAUGGUUAAUCGAAAUUGAAAGUAAAUCGUGAUUUGAAACGUUGCGAUUAGUUAAUCACAAAGUCUGCGAAAUGAAUGCAAUAUAAAUAAGUGUAUACUGUGUCCAAGAGCAAAUGCAUGGCUGUCCUCAUUGUGUGACAUUCUUAGACUGCGAAAAAUGGUUCUUUCUUAGAUUUUUCUAAGUUUCUAGUCCAAAUAUCUACAAGUUCUUAAACCAAGAAACAUUUUCUAGAAAAGGCAAAGACGAUUACCUUGUUUUAAGAAGUAAUAUGCCACAAAUAAAUUAGUUUUUUCUUAAAACAAGCAAAAUAGUCUGCCAUCGGGGUAAGCAAAAACAUCUUAAUUACUUCUUAAAACAAGACAAUAUAUUUAGCUUGUCUAGAAAAUAUUUCAGGAGUUAUUUUUUUAGCACAGUACUGUACUUUUAGCACAGUACAUACAAUAUACAUGAACACACAGAAUUAAUGAAUAUAUAAUUAGGACAAAGAAUGUUAUAUUAUUUUUUAUUUAAAGUGUGUAAACUGUAAUAUUAAGCUUAUCUUGACUUUACUAAAUUUAUUUGCAAUUGCAAUGUCGUUCCUACAAUUAGAUAUUUUUCCCUAAAUCGCCAGCCCUAGUGAAAUGAUCUACUGUGCUUUAAUUUAAACAAAAAGAUCAAGCAAAUAAGUCAGAUCAUAAAUUACUGACUGAUGUGUAAACCAGUGUUUCCCAACCCUGUUCCUGAAGGCACACCAACAGUACACAUUUUCAACGUCUCCCUAAUCAAACACACCUGAAUCACCUAAUUAGAACGUAAGAAGAGACUCCAAAACCUGAAGUUAACUAGUCAGGUAAGGGAGACAUCCAAAAUAUGUACUGUUGGUGUGCCUCCAGGAAAAGGGUUGGGAAACACUGGUGUAAACGAUUACCUACUAAUUAGAUUUUUUUAUGAAUUAAUUUCUGUUAUUUCAUGAUUGUCUUCCUUCCAUACCAUGUAUGUCUGAUUGUGUGUUUGAAGAACAGCAU